AUAAAACAAUGUGAUAUUGUUCAUUUGUGAUAUGGUAAUCUUUCAUUAACAAUUUCUAAAAUCUGUUUCAGAUUAGAAAAUAAAAUCCCAGCAUGCUUUUCCCCCACUGAUACACAUAGAUUUAGAAAGACCAUAUUUUAAAGAUGUCAUAGUACUGCUAAUCAAAACAGUUAAGAGUUUUAGUGUGCAGGAGUUAGGCCAGUAAGUAAUGUUUACAUAAUCCUGAUAAACAUUUCCCCAUGACUGAAUUUUGAGUGGAAAACUUGGUUUCUUAAAAGGCUCCAAGUGGAAGAAAAAAUAUUACAGCCUGUCUUCUUAGUGUGUAUAGUGUGUGUGUGUGUGUGUGUGUGUGUGUGUGUUUAGAUCCAGCUUAAUACCAAGUAAUGCCAACAUCUGGCAGAGAGAUGGAGAUCUGGGAAUUUGUUGCUUGAAACCCUGGGACAAAGUGUUCUGAUCUGACCGGCAAGCAUAGCUGUGGACUUGAACUGAAAUCUUAAGGGGCAGAAAAGUCUUAAGUGUCUGGAAAAUUGGCCUGUUGAGUCACCAUGAAGGCAGUAAAACAAAACUAAUUUUAAGCAUGUCAAAGUUCAGUGAUUCCCUCUGGAAUUCAAACUUUUUUUAAGAGUCUCAUGUGUAAGCGAAAAGGGUCAAAGUUGAUGCACUGUUACAAUGUUUUGAAUGCUUUCCCUUCAGAACAGCCACCCAAGCUGGGAUUAGCAUGAGGAACUGCAAGGCUGGCACUUCAGCGUCUGGGUUAAAAAUAUUUUAAAGCAGUAAAUGCAGUCAGUACAGAGAGAUCCCUGGGAGCCUUUCUAUUCAAAAAUGUGUGAGCUCAGGGCAGCAACUGCAAUGUAAUUUAGGGCAGUGUAUGCUUCAUAGCUUUGGAGAAUAUUGCUUCCCGUUAAUGUUCCAUCGGAGGAUGGUAGGAUAGUAGUAAUUUUAGAAGGUAGUAUUCCUGUUUGUCUUACGUCGAAAACUUCAGAAUAAAUAAAAGGAAACAUCAAUCGAACAAGAAAUGUAACUGUGGAAAUGUACCAAUGAAUCUAAAUUUGAACUGAACAGAUACAAAACCAGCAUGGGUGUAGGAAUAUUUUUAAGGAGGAAGCUGUGGCAAAAGCAACUUCCCAGGGAAUGGACUGAACAGGCUUUUUAACUGGUCCGAGGUGUAGAGACACACUUCAGGAGGAUCCUCAAAAGUCUUGGACAAGCCUCCCCAAAUGCGGCAGGUACUGUGCUGGCCAUUGGUGACCCAAAGAUGAUGAAAAAUACAUUCCUGCCCACAAGGAGUUAGCGAUCUACUGGGCUUUCAUCUUGCUGAUGACAUGAUUCCUAUUUGAAUCUGUUGACAAGAUUCUGAAAGCUGAAGAGAAUUCUGGCACUGCACUGGGUAGGAAAAAGCAUUUCAAGAAAUAGAUAAUAUCAAGGACACUGGGAGUGGAAGAGAUUGGACUGGGAGACCCAACAGGAUGUCUUCCAAGCGACCAGCCUCUCCGUAUGGGGAAGCAGAUGGAGAGGUAGCCAUGGUGACAAGCAGACAGAAAGUGGAAGAAGAGGAGAGUGACGGGCUCCCAGCCUUUCACCUUCCCUUGCAUGUGAGUUUUCCCAACAAGCCUCACUCUGAGGAAUUUCAACCAGUUUCUCUGCUGACGCAAGAGACUUGUGGCCAUAGGACUCCCACUUCUCAGCACAAUACAAUGGAAGUUGAUGGCAAUAAAGUUAUGUCUUCAUUUGCCCCACACAACUCAUCUACCUCACCUCAGAAGGCAGAAGAAGGUGGGCGACAGAGUGGCGAGUCCUUGUCUAGUACAGCCCUGGGAACUCCUGAACGGCGCAAAGGCAGUUUAGCUGAUGUUGUUGACACCUUGAAGCAGAGGAAAAUGGAAGAGCUCAUCAAAAACGAGCCGGAAGAAACCCCCAGUAUUGAAAAGCUACUCUCAAAGGACUGGAAAGACAAGCUUCUUGCGAUGGGAUCGGGGAACUUUGGCGAGAUAAAAGGGACUCCUGAGAGCCUAGCUGAGAAAGAAAGGCAACUCAUGGGUAUGAUCAACCAGCUGACCAGUCUGCGAGAGCAGCUCUUGGCUGCCCACGAUGAGCAGAAGAAACUAGCUGCCUCUCAGAUUGAGAAACAGCGUCAGCAAAUGGAGCUGGCCAAGCAGCAGCAAGAACAGAUUGCAAGACAACAGCAGCAGCUUCUGCAGCAACAACACAAAAUCAAUUUGCUCCAGCAACAGAUCCAGCAGGUUCAAGGUCAGCUGCCGCCAUUAAUGAUUCCCGUAUUCCCUCCUGAUCAACGGACACUGGCUGCAGCUGCCCAGCAAGGAUUCCUCCUCCCUCCAGGCUUCAGCUAUAAGGCUGGAUGUAGUGACCCUUACCCUGUUCAGCUGAUCCCAACUACCAUGGCAGCUGCUGCCGCAGCAACACCAGGCUUAGGCCCACUCCAACUGCAGCAGUUAUAUGCUGCCCAGCUAGCUGCAAUGCAGGUAUCUCCAGGAGGGAAGCUGCCAGGCAUACCCCAAGGCAACCUUGGUGCUGCUGUAUCUCCUACCAGCAUUCACACAGACAAGAGCACAAACAGCCCACCACCCAAAAGCAAGGAUGAAGUGGCACAGCCACUGAACCUAUCAGCUAAACCCAAGACCUCUGAUGGCAAAUCACCCACAUCACCCACCUCUCCCCAUAUGCCAGCUCUGAGAAUAAACAGUGGGGCAGGCCCCCUCAAAGCCUCUGUCCCAGCAGCGUUAGCUAGUCCUUCAGCCAGAGUUAGCACAAUAGGUUACUUAAAUGACCACGAUGCUGUCACCAAGGCAAUCCAAGAAGCUCGGCAAAUGAAGGAACAACUUAGACGGGAACAACAGGUGCUUGAUGGGAAGGUGGCUGUUGUGAAUAGUCUGGGUCUCAAUAACUGCCGAACAGAAAAGGAAAAAACAACACUGGAGAGUCUGACUCAGCAACUGGCAGUUAAACAGAAUGAAGAAGGAAAAUUUAGCCAUGCAAUGAUGGAUUUCAAUCUGAGUGGAGAUUCUGAUGGAAGUGCUGGAGUCUCAGAGUCAAGAAUUUAUAGGGAAUCCAGAGGACGUGGUAGCAAUGAACCCCACAUAAAGCGUCCAAUGAAUGCCUUCAUGGUAUGGGCUAAAGAUGAACGGAGAAAGAUCCUUCAAGCCUUUCCUGACAUGCACAACUCCAACAUCAGCAAGAUAUUGGGAUCUCGCUGGAAAGCUAUGACAAACCUAGAGAAACAGCCAUAUUAUGAGGAGCAAGCCCGUCUCAGCAAGCAGCACCUGGAGAAGUACCCUGACUAUAAGUACAAGCCCAGGCCAAAGCGCACCUGCCUCGUGGAUGGCAAAAAGCUGCGCAUUGGUGAAUACAAGGCAAUCAUGCGCAACAGGCGGCAGGAGAUGCGGCAGUACUUCAAUGUUGGGCAACAAGCACAGAUCCCCAUUGCCACUGCCGGUGUUGUGUACCCUGGAGCCAUCGCCAUGGCUGGCAUGCCCUCCCCUCACCUGCCCUCGGAGCACUCAAGUGUGUCUAGCAGCCCAGAGCCUGGGAUGCCUGUUAUCCAGAGCACUUACGGUGUGAAAGGAGAGGAGCCACAUAUCAAAGAAGAGAUACAGGCCGAGGACAUCAAUGGAGAAAUUUAUGAUGAGUACGAUGAGGAAGAGGAUGAUCCAGAUGUAGAUUAUGGGAGUGACAGUGAAAACCAUAUUGCAGGACAAGCCAACUGAUAAGGGUCAAAAGAUUGUUGUGACCUUAGGACUUAAAGAAGCCCUAACUGGUUCAUCCUUACCAGUGGCCAAGCACAUUAACUUUCUCAUACACUGACUGUUACUUUAACUGUUAGUCUUAAAUAGUUGGGACAUCAGCUGACUAAUAGACCUCAGCCUCAAAAGGCUUGGAAAGAAAAAAAAAUACAACAAGCAGACAACAGUAUCAACAACAAGAGAUUGAAAUAAGCUAUGGGUAAAAUAAUGCCAGUAAUUCAGCUGCUACAUCCAAGCACUGAAGUCUUACCCGUCAACUUUUUUUUUUUUUUAAUAAACUUUAUGGCUGUUUGUUCUACAAUGUUCUAGAAAUUCUCACUCAGGUACACAGUGCCAACAAGUGGCUUGUGAAUGUGUUUUGUUGUUUUGUGCUACAAUUUUUAAAAAGAAAUAAGUUCUGUUUUGUUUUGGGGGGUUUCUGGGUUUUUUCCUUUUCUUUUUCUUUUCUUUCAUUUGUUUUCUUUGUAAUGCACCUGACAGAAAAAAAAGAAAAAUGAAUUUCUCUUUACUUCUCUCCACCUUCUCCAUCUCUAUACAUUAAAGAUGGAAGUCUGUGCAUGAGGGGGAAGAGGGAAAAAGAGCCUGUUUUUAACUUACUUGCUAUCCACCACAAAAUAAGCAAUUAUUUUCUUUAGAGGACUUUCUUUAUCUGUUGCACACCACACUACAUCUUUGAGCAAGUGCCAAAUUUGUACUGAAGUGUUGACCAAGUUCAUUUUUUCCCUUUCCUUUUUCCUGUACCUUCUUAAGUUAGGACAGUGUUAUAUCUUAGACAAUCCCUUAGAAAACCUGAAAUACCAGCAGCUGGUGAGAUUUGACUUUUUUUUUUUUUUUAAUGGAAACUGUAGGUGCUGUUCUCAGGUGAAAAGAGAGAGAGACAUAAGAAAUUUAGAGAAAAAUAUUUUCUGAUCUUGGAUUUUUGUGUGUAUGUAUGUGUGUGAUUAUGGUACUAAUAGGAAUAACGUUGGACCAUUGUGAGUUAAACCCACAUCUGGGGAUGAAAUCCCACAUCCUCCCAAGUGACUGGUCUAGAAAUAAUCUUGACCUUGACUUUGCACUUCAAAUGACAACUUAACCAAGUAUAGGGCUCAGAAAUUAUAUUUUUAAAUGUCUAAUAUGAUUAUUAUUGGAUGGAUCAGGUGGCCCUGUGUAAUAGAGGUGUGCAUGUAUAACAUGGAAGCUACUAGCAAACUGUUCCCAGAUGUCCUUUCUCCCUGGUCAGUUGGUUCUAUUAAUGUUUGCUACUUAGAGAUCUUUGUUUUUCCUGUUGAUAUUUCGAGCAAAACAAUCAUUGUUUUCAUUGAAUAUAUUUGGCCAUUUUUCAGAUGAAUAGAAUUAGCUUAUUUCUUCAACAUUCCAUCCUUUCCUGAUCAGGAAAUGAAACUGAUGAUUUUAUAAGGUAUUUUUCACCCCUCCAUGAAACGAGGUGGAGGCCUUUAGCAUUUCAGAAGUGUGGGCCAUGUGUAGUUCAUGCCAUAAAAAGUAGGAUUUAAUUAAAAGUCAUUGCAGCCCAACAAAAUGGAGCCUGGCUGCACCCAGGGAUCCUUGCCACUGCUCUUCCCUUGCUGUCAGAUGAAUCCACUGAAGUCCAACUUUGGUUCAAGCAGAGUAUUUGUGAAGAGCAACAACUGAAUGUGAUGGGACUGCUUAUGUAGAUCUUGCCAGCCAAACGCCAAGGCAGUUGUAGGGCCUGUACAAAUAAAUGCAAAAUCAUUUCAAGUCAAUUGCCAUUAUUUGUAUUGAAGUAUCAGAUAGUAAAUACUGCAGCUAGUAGCUGGAUGUGCUAUAGUUUCACUCCAGUCAUCAUUUUCCUAUUCCACCCCCACUAAACACCACCCUAAAGUUGGAUUUUUACAUAUAAAUUAAAAGAAGAAACCCUUUUAUUUUUCUCUCUCUCAAAAGACUUGCUCUGGGGUUUUGCUUGGAGGAGCUGAUCAUAUCCUGCAUGUCAGAGAUUUUGUUAUGUUUGUUUUUCCCGUUUUUGAUGACUUUAUUUUCAUUUGAACUGCCUCUUUUUGCUAGUGUUGUAAUAAUGAUGAUGAUGAUAAAAUAAUAAUAAUAGUAAUAAUAAUAAUGGUCAGCUGUUCCCAGAUUAGUAAGUUAUGUAUAAUUUAUUUUAUUUCUCCCCUUCUAUUUUAUUCUGCUCCGAUUUGGAAGUGCAGCCAAUAAGCUGUUAGAUAUUUAAAACAAAUUUCCAUCUCCAAUUCAUAUAUGUAUGUAUAUGUAUAUAUGUGUGUGUGUGCAUAUAAAUAUAUACACAUAUAUACACACAUACACACACACAUUUACCCACACAAUUUUACUUCUCCUUCCAUAAGUUUUCUCCUUUUUAAGAAUGUUGGCCCCAACAAUAUCAGUUCUGAUGUUUAAAACAAAGGAGUGAAUUCAUAGGAGGGUCGUGUUCAAUCUUAAUUAACUUAUGCUCUCAUCACUCAUUUUAGUUAUUUAAUUGCCACAGUCAUCUAGAGCCAAUUUUUUUUUGUUUUAUUUUGUUUUUAAGCACUCUGGAUAAGGAAAAACUAGACACUUGUUUUUAUAUCAUUAUUAUGUACAAUGUGAAAACAGAUUUUUAACAAAUUUGUUCUCUGUCUUUGUUAACAAAUUCCUUCUGAGUUAUGUGGGUUCACCUCUCACGUUUGCUGGAUACUUACUUCACACCAUGUUAUAAAAGAUGCUUUGUUUUCAUUUCAUGACUUUGGGCUACAAGAAUACUUUGUUUUAGCUCCAGGUAGAUGCCAUUGAAGGCAUUCGUGGCUGAAACCAAUUACAACACACCAGUGAAUUGACAACACUUCUGUUUAGUCUUUUUCUGUUUUAUUUUGUUUUAUUUGAAGGGGAAAACAAAUUGUUAAUGGUGACUUUUAACUGCUGAAAUUCAAAAGUUAAUCCUAGCUACGUUUAUAUCCGAGACUAAACUGUGCAUGAACUGAAACAAAAAGCAGGUUCAUAGCCCUGCAUGCUGUUCUCUUGUUCUGAUGGUUAAUUCACUGGAUAUCAAAUUUUCUUUGCCCUAGUUUUCCCCAAAACAAAAGCAAAAACAGUUAUAUUCAUGUUGAAAGUGCUUAGAAAUCACUUGGUAAAAGGUGCUAUGAAUAGCAACUUACUGUGUUACUACAUUGCCUUUUUGACAUUUGGUUGAUUGAUAAUUUUGGUCGAGGAUCCUAAAACCCUGUAUUCUUUUUCUGUGCCCCAUAAUGACCAAAAAAGAUAAAGAAAAUGAGAGUAAGAUCAAAAGUUCAAACAAAAACACAGUCUCCCUCCUCUCUGCUUUCUUACCUACCUGUUCACACUUUAUCUCUUUCCCUUUCUCUCUCUCUUACACACACACAUACAUACACACACACACACACACACUUGCCCCAACACUGACAAAUAAUCUUUCCAGAAUUCUGUUUUUUAUAGUUGUUCUAAUCAGUUUCUCUAAAAAUAGUAAUGUUUUUGUAUGAAUUUAAGAGAACAUCACUGGAGAAAAUAAAGUUACUCAUUUAUAAUUACUAAUAAUAACUUAGUGAUUAAGUUACUACAGUUGGAUAAAAUAUAAAACUAUUCUUCAGUACAUUUGUACCUAAAUUAGUUAAGUCCAUUUUUAAAGUUCAUUUGACAUCUGCAGUUAAGAGUUAACCAUGUAUAAAAUCCCUCCCAAAGAACAUAAUCAUCAUUGUUAAAACCAAAUCCUCUUAUAAAGAACAAAUAUAAAAAAAUUUUCUUUGGUGAAACUAUUUUAUAGUUUUGAUUUCUGGAGUAGAAUUUUACCUUAAUUCAUUUAGAGAAAAUUAACCAUUUUAUGGUCCAACUUCAGAUAUUUUCUUAAUCCAGAAGCUGUGACUAUUCCCAGAAGAAACCUAUUAUGUCACAUUUAAAACAUAAAAAAUAAUUACACUUUCAUUCAUUCUAAUGGGUAAAUUAUUGAAUUGUAAUAAACAACUGUAUAUUUACAAACAGGUUUAUAAGAUAUUUGUCUAUCAAAUUAAUAGUAAAAUAAAACUUACGGGGUCUGCAAGGAAAACUAUGAAGGCCACUUAAAGUGGUUCAGGUAUCUCUUUGUCUUGUAGGGCAUAGCUGUCGGUUUAGCCAGGCUUUUCGAGUAUUUAAUUUUAAAGUUUCCUAUAACUAUCAACUUCCCAGGUUGAAGAUGAUGUGCUGAGUUUCCUACUGAUUGAUUCCUGUCCUCCCCAGUGUUUCUGUCACUGGUUCACUAAAACAGUAUUUAUAUAGCUCCACUGGCUCUAAAGCUCUUAGUCCUUCUAACAUUUUGAAUUUUACAAGUAGAAAUGGAAAAAAAUGUAGAAAAGAGACAAUCAAAUGCCUGGAGCUUAAAACAAAGUAUGUGCAACCUACCAUCUCACUUGAAAUUUAAUAAAAUAAAUAAUUAUGUAAAUAUAACAUAGAGUUAUAGAUUUAUAUUUUGUUCAUAACACAUAGUGUAAUAUAAGUUGUAUAUUUUCAUGUUUUUGGUUUUAUGUUAUCAUUCAUGCCACAAUAAAAAUAAAACAGGAGUUUAUGUGCUCUUAAAAAAAAGAUGUGGGUUGCCACCAACCUGUUUUUCGUUUUUUUAUUUUAUUUUAUUUUUUUGCUUUCUCCUUUUUCAGUAUUACUGCCAUGCAAGGCACCAAUAAAAACAGCAAAUGUGUUCUUUA